GUGGAGUAAAUGGCGAGAACUGACAGGAGUCCUAUGUGAUCCUAAAAUGCCUGUAAGAACCAAAGGCAAAGUCUAUAAAACCGCCGUGAGACCAGUUCUACUCUAUGGCAGCGAAACGUGGGCCUCAAAGCAAACGCAAGAGCAUAAACUACACACGACGGAAAUGCGUAUGCUCCGUUGGGCAGGUGGAGUUACCCUCAAAGAUAAAGUCCGAAAUGAACAUAUACGGGGCAGUUUCAAGGUGGCACCCAUAACCGAGAAGCUCAAAGAAUCCAGACUAAGAUGGUUUGGACAUGUAAUGCGUAGACCCGAAGAUCACGCUGUAAAGAAGUGCCUUUCCAUGGCUACGUUAAAGAGAGGGAAAGGCAGGCCCCUAACAACCUGGAUGUCAAAUGUCCAGAGAGACAUGAAAGAGUUGGGCCUGUCAACUGACGACGCGUAUCAGCGGAAGAAAUGGCGCCUUAAGAUUAGGAAAGCCGACCCCGCGUAACGGGAAGAGGCGAGGACA